AUGCUCAGUUCAUUCACUGUUUUCUAUUUCUCUCCUACUCAGGCAACUGGAGAUAAGUCUCUUCCAAAGUCAAUGAAUGAGACAAAUUAUUCUCGGGUGACUGAGUUUGUGUUGCUGGGACUCUCUAGUUCCAAGGAGCUCCAGCCUUUCCUGUUUCUCAUAUUUUCAAUGCUCUACUUGUCAAUACUACUGGGGAACUUCCUCAUCAUCCUCACAGUGAACUCAGACCCUCGCCUUCACACCCCCAUGUACUUUCUGCUUGCAAACCUCUCUUUCAUAGAUGUGUGUGUUGCCUCUUUUGCUACCCCCAAAAUGAUUGCAGACCUUCUUGUUGAGCAUAAGACUAUUUCUUUUGAAGCUUGCUUAACUCAGAUUUUCUGUGUCCAUCUUUUUGCUGGUGGUGAAAUGGUCAUGCUUGUAUCCAUGGCCUACGAUCGCUAUGUGGCUAUUUGCAAGCCGCUCCACUACACCACAAUCAUGAGCCGCCGUGUAUGCAUCGUUCUUGUCAUCAUUCCAUGGUUUGUGGGCUUCAUUCACACUACUAGCCAGCUGGCAUUUACUGUCGACUUGCCUUUCUGUGGCCCUAAUCAGGUGGACAGCUUUUUCUGUGACCUCCCUCUAGUCACCAAGCUAGCCUGUACAGACACUUAUGUCGUCAGCUUACUUAUAGUCGCAGACAGUGGCUUUCUUUCCCUGAGUUCCUUUCUCCUCUUGGUUGUCUCCUACACCGUGAUACUUCUUACAGUCAGGAAACGCUCUUCUGCGAGCAUGGCAAAGGCCCGCUCCACGCUGACUGCCCACAUCACCGUGGUCACACUCUUCUUUGGACCGUGCAUUUUUAUUUAUGUGUGGCCCUUCAGCAGUUAUUCCGUGGACAAAGUCCUUGCUGUGUUCUAUACAGUCUUUACUCCCAUUUUAAACCCAGUUAUCUACACCCUGAGAAACAAAGAAAUGAAGGUAGCUAUGUCCAAACUGAGGAGCCAGAUUUUGAAGCCUGGCCAGGUUUCUACACUCAUAAGGAAUGUUCUUCCUCUGGAAACAUAA